AAGCAUUUUAGAGAAUAUGUGUUUGUUCCAAAAAGUUUAGGUCAUUAAAAACAUUAAAAAAAUUUGCAGUUCUCUCUUAUUGAGAAUUUACGGCAGAAAUAAAGAAUCGGGCUCCUGUCAUUUAGAUCAUUCAGUCACAGUAAAAACUGCAGAAAUGGCUAGAUCCUUGACCAAACAAGAAAUCAACGAAUUUGCUGUGGCGUUUUCCAUGUUCGAUAAGGACGCUACAGGCUCUAUAACCACUGCACAGUUGGGUAUUGUGAUGCGUUGUCUAAAUAUGAAUCCAUUAGAGACGGAAGUGGAAAGGAUGAUAAAAAAGCUCGAUUCUAUUGCUAACGGAAUGGUUAACUUCGAUGAAUUCCUUGUUUUGAUUGCACUCAAUUUGAAAAAUAGUAACGAAAAUGAGCUUUAUAAAGCCUUUCGUGUUUUUGACAAGAAACAAACGGGCUUGAUACCGAUGGCUGACUUUCGACAUGUGUUAACUAAUAUGGGUGAAAAGCUUACUGAUGGUGAAGUCGAUGAAAUCUUACAGGAGGCGGGCUUGGUAAACUUUGAGCAAAUAGAUUAUGAAAAAUUGGCUGCUAUGAUGACUCAUAUUUUAAACUAAUCCACCAAAUUCUCAGUUUAUUGAUUAUUUUUUAAUAAAGACAAGUUUAUUUCGU